AUAUGUUCAAUCAUCAUACAAAACAAGAGAGGGCAAAAUAUCUUUGUUGUCUCAUCCAACGAUUAUUCUCAUGAAUUGUCAUUGCAACAUUCUAAGGAUAUUUACAAUUACAUUCUUAGUCAAAUUAGUAUUCAUCAAUUAAUCAUUUAGAGGCAGGGAAAAAGAUAGACAGAUCAAUUGUUUUAGAUUCAAAUUAUGUUUGUAUUUGCAAUGUAAACAAAGAUGUAAUUACAAUCAACCUAAUGACUUUAGGCAAUAUUUUUAGUUAUUGUACAACGAAAUGAAUUAUUCUUGGGAUAUGAGGCAAUCAAAAAAUUGGCUGAAUUCUAUGCCACCUACUAUAAGUAAGAAAUCACUACCAGGAAAUACUAAGAAGUAACUUUUUCAAUUUUACUCCUAGAUGUUGCUCUUAUUGGAAGAAUUCUUAUACACUAAGGAAUUUUUACCUCAGAAAUUAUAAUUUAAUUUAACUGUCAAAGCCCCUGCCUCCUCAAGAUGCAUUGCAGAUUGCGAUCAUCUUUAAAAGUUUUCAUCACUCUAAGCCACAAUUGAAAAAAAUCUCAUUGCUAAUAUACCUUUAAAGUAUGCAAAGAAAUAAUAGAUUAUCGAAAAGGAAGUAGAUAUCAUCAACAUAUUUAUUAAACCUUUAAUCAAUCUAGAUGAAUACAAGCCAAACCAAGAAGAACUUCAAUGGAAACAAAAAUAAAAAAAGAGUCUCUACGAUUGUGCCUUUAAAAUGAAGAGCAAACAAGUUCAUAAGGAAAAUAUCUUUCAAAAAUAUAAGCCUUAAAAACCAAAUACCCAGUAUAAAUAACAUACCUAAAAAUCGGCUUAAUUGGUAAAUCAGUAUAAGGGCAUAAGCAGUUCGGAUAUCUAAAUAAUGAAGCUCAAUUUCUAGAGUUAGAUGUAAAAGGCUGGUGGACAACAGGAUCACUCUAAUUAAUAAAGCAAAUAAUAAUCAUUAAAACCAAUCUAGCAGCAACACAGCAGGUAGAUAAAUUUAUUAGAUUAUGGUGAAGGCUUUACAACUGUUGAACCCCCUAAAAGUUAGAUUUAAUAAGUCUAAAAUUCCAAUGAGGAAUAACCAAGAACUAAUCCUAUCUAAGUGAAACCAAAGUAACAACAAAAUGCUAAUGACUUAUUGGAUUUAGAUGAUAGGCCAAAUCAUUAAGUGCAACCCCAGAUUCAAUCAACAGCUGGUCCUGAUUUAUCGUUUUUAAGUUUAUCUCCAGUCAAAUAAAAUGAACCUUGCUUGAAAAUGCUGGAGAAAAUGGUUAUUGCUUAGAAAGAUGGGAGAUUAAAAGAAUUAAAAAUAUUUGGAUAGAUAGCUUUGGAUGGAGACUUCACGUUUGAUGAUUAAUCUAACCUUUAACUUUUGGGACAAUAUUGGCAAGAUACAUAUGGAUGUUAAAGAAGAAUAACUCCGAAUUCGUUAGACUUGCAACUGUUGAAUGAGAGUAGUUAUAAAAUGAUCAUCAAGAAUGCGAGUUACAAAACACCCAAAGGCAUCAUUGAUUACAUAAUUCCGACGAAAGCAUUUACUUAAUAAAGGAUUCCAGUUAUAUUUUUGUAUAGGUUGGAAUGUGUAUAAUCCUUCGCCAGUUAUUGUCUUCAAUACAAGGUGAAUGAUUAAUGGCAGGUGCCAUUGCAAGAUAUCGUAAUUGAAGUGAAUCUAGAGAAAGAUGUAGAAUUUGAUGACUUAAAAACAAUCCCAGUAGCCCAAAAUAUAAACGAUAAAUAGAUAACUUGGAAAGUACAAUAUAUAUAUUAAAGGUAGGCCAAACAAUUGUUGCAACAGUAGAAAGGCAAAUUGAUAUUGAAUCUCACAGGCAUUAAGAAGUAAGGAUCGUAAAUACUAAAUCACAUCAGAAUUAGUUUGAAAGCUAAUGUAAGCGAUAAUACUUAAUUUUAGACAUCUGUCAUUGAGAAUAUGGAUAGCAUAAUGUUUUACAAUAGCUAGGAGUACAAAUGCUAGAAAAAGCUAAGUGUUGAGUACAAAAUAUAUCCGAAUUCUUGAUAUUAUUAAAUAUAUAAAUUAAAAUUUUG